CUACAGUUCUGCUCCAAGGACAGAUGAAUAUUUGGCUGUCAUUACAAGAAGAUUCUGGUUAAUAAAUACUGUCUGGAAUUUUCUUGCUGAUUUUUUACCCUCACACCGCAGGCCCUGACCACUGAGGUCCACUAUACAAAUGCAAAUUACCUGAAUCAGGCUGCUGGUGACUCACCAACUCCCCUUUAAAGCAACACUGGGUUCGAGGCAGUGACUACUCAGGGUAGAAGCCAUGGCUCACAGAAUCUGUUUCUCCUACUGGCUAUCGAUCUUCUGGUUGGUGGUAACUGUGGCAGAAGGACAAGAAGAAGCAGUCACCCCUCCCAGAAGCUCGCAAGAUAAUGUAGACCCCACGGACUGCCAGAUCUUUACACUCACCCCUCCACCUGUCACAAGAAGCCCUGUGACAAGGAUCCAGCCCAUCACAAGGAACCCAAUGACAAGGAUCCAAUCUAUCACAAGAACACCAAAGUGUCCUUUCCAUUUUUUUCUACCACGAAGGCCCGGAGUCCACAUUAGGUUUCCAAACAGAGCUUUCCUCCCUCCGAAGUGCAACCACCGUGUUCAGUUCUAUCCAUUUUUUUGGCCACAAAGUCGCCUUACUCCUCAUUAUAACUAUUUUGCCAGAAGAAGAUUCUGGACAGGAAGCUCAUCUGAGGAAAGCAGAAAGAAGAGAUAAGCCCCAAACAUGAUGAAGCAAAAGAAGCCAAUGUCUCAGAAAAGACUAUGAGAUUUUUGUUUUCUUUUUCCAAAUUAAAACUAUUGGAUUUAAAGAUUAAGUAUCUUAAACCCCACUGACUAGAUAUCAUUCUCCUUGUCAACAGUGAAGAUAUUGGUUUAUAGUUUAUUCAUGUUUACAAAAUAAGAGCAGUAACAUUAUUCUUAUUUCCAACUUUCUAUGAUCACAGGAUAUCUAUGCAUUUAAAAUCCUAAUUUGGAUAAUUCCAAUAAUUCCUAUCCAUUCUGAAAUGACAGAAGAAUCACUCUUUUAAAUUAGGGUAAAAAACAUUUUAAAAAAUUGAGAUUGUUUUAAACGAAAUGAAGACAUUAACGACACCCUUUUGUACUCACUGGAAACCUUACAGAGCAAGGUGUAUUUACAAAGUGAACUUUAAAAAAGAUUAUAGAAAACUGAAAGCUUUAUUUUAAUCUCUGACAGGGAUGUAUAUAGUGGUUAUUUAUUCAUUGACUAUUAUGUAUUAAUUGAGAUAUAAUUGACAUAACAUUAUAUUAGUUUCAGGUGUACAACUUAAUGAUUCAAUAUUUGUAUGUACUGCAAAAUGAUCACCACAGUGAGUCCAGUUAACGGCCAUCCCCAAACAUAGUUGCAAAAAUUUUUUUCUUGAGAUAAUGUUCAAGAUCCACUCAGUUUUCCAACAACAAGAAAUUAUAAAGAUGAAAACAAAACAAAGUUAUGAGGAGUCUGACUAUAGAUAAUACUUUAAGGCUAUCAUAAACUAAAUUACCUAUUCCCUCUCAAAAAAAAUGUUUUAUCUGUAAAAAAUAAAUGUACUUUAAUGUUAACUUUUUAAACAACCAGUGCAAAUUAGCUUGAUAAGUAUCUCACUGUUUCAUCAUAUAGAUACUAACUUAAAUGAUGCACUUCCCCUAAAACUUUUACCAUGGGUCUAGGCUCAAAAGUCUGAUUAAGUUUACAUGGAUGUUCUCAUAACUCUAGAAUUCCACAGACAUAAGUUCAUACAACUAUAGGAACCUUGUAUUCCGAGAGUGCAAUAUAAAUAACAUGUCCCCCAGAUUGCACUGAUGGUUGUUUCUGUAGCCAUUCUGUAAAAGACUGCUCUGUUUGUGCCGCGCAUCUUGCCUGUAACAUAGGAAUUUUGGUUUUGCAUAUUUGGUCAGUGUCUUACAUCUGUUCCUCCCAAGAACUAUGUACAAAAGAGAGAGAGAGAGACAGAGAGAGAGAGAGACAGAGAGAGAGAGAGAGAGAGAAAG